ACCCCGACCUCCACAUACAUCCCCCCGACCCCCUCCAGCAGUGAAGUCUAAGGGCACCGCGGAAUAAUUUAAAUUUUCGAGGGGAAGCACAGCGCCGUCUGUCGGACAUCACGCCAAUUACUCUUGUUAAGUUCGGACCUGACGGUUACUUUAUACUUUGAACUGCUAGCUACUCCUUUUGGCCUAAGGACACAGUGAAAAAUGUACCGAGACCUUAGAGAGCCACGAACCAAGAAACUUCAGAAACCUCUGAUAUCUGAUCAAGAGUUAAGAGACGUCAGAAUCAUCACAACUGACAAAAGAAUGUUUUCUCUCUUCAAGAUUCUCUUUUGAAAGACAUCUAAAAAGAUCAGGAAAAGAAGACCUACGCCAGCAUCACUUGUGAUUCUCAAUGAGCAUAACCCCCCAGCAGCUACAUUCUCUUGAGUGCCAAAUAUGUGCCAUUUGGAUGAGGAAAGUGUGUAUCAGAGAGGUGAAGUGAUUUUUGUGGCUAUUCCACUAAGACAGAUUCCAGAGACAAACGCAGAAAUAGAUGACAAGAAGGUACCCAACACACAAGAGGAAUUACAGAAUGCAUCCCCUAAGCAAAGGAAGCAGAGUGUGUACACACCACCCACCAUAAAAGGGAUUAAGCAUCUGAAAGGCCAGAAUGAAUCAGCAUUCCCUGAAGAAGAAGAAGGCACCAAUGAAAGAGAGGAGCAGCGGGACCAUUAAUUACUGGACUGCGGCAAGAAGGCUUCUUGGAAAUAACGAACUAUUAACUUUUCUGAGUAUACCAUGGAAUUCAACUGCUUGACUUCUGGAAGCAUCUUCCAUCUCUGCACCCCACACUCAUACAGUAGCUAUGCACAUCCUGGAAGUCUCCUUGACUGAACUUUAGAACUAAGUACACAUUGUUCCACAUCACUUACAAUUAAAGAAUAAGCAUUUAUUUUACAGUGAUUCUUCUUUUUAACUAUGUAAAAAUUUGCAGACUUGUGACUAUUCUAACUUUAAUACUGCCAGAGCUUAAUCCUUGAUGUCCUACUGAUAAGGUUUGCAUUCUAACAACACAUGUAAAUAACAUCACUUUAAGAGUAAAAAAUAAAUAUUAAACACAUUUAGACAUGAGUGUGUGUGUGUGUGUGUGUGUGUGUAUGUGUUUGUUUGUAUCCUUUGCCCACUUUUUGAUGGGGUUGUUUGUUUUUUUCUUGUAAAUUUGUUUAAGUUCCUUGUAGAUUCUGGAUAUUAGCUCUUUAUCAAAUGGAUACAUUGCAAAAAUUUUCUCCCAUUCUGUAGGUUGCCUAUUCACUCUGAUGGUAGUAUCUUUUGCCAUGCAGAAGCUCUUUAGUUUAAUUAGAUUCCAUUUGUCAAUUUUGGCUUUUGUUGUCGUUGCUUUUGGUGUUUUACUCAUGAAAACUUUGCCCAUCCCUAUGUCCUGAAUGGUAUUGCCUAGGUUUUCUUCUAGGGUUUUUAUGGUUUUAGGUUGUACAUUUAAAUCUUUUAUCCAUCGUGAGUUAAUUUUUGUAUAAGGUGUAAGGAAGGGGUCCAGUUUCAGUUUUCUGCAUAUGGCUAGCCAGUUUUCCCCAACACCAUUUAUUAAAUAGGGAAUCCUUUCCACAUUGCUUGUUUUUGUCAGGAUUGUCAAAGAUCAGAUAGUUGUAGAUGUGUGGCAUUAUUUCUGAGGCCUCUGUUCUGUUCUGUUGGUGUAUAUAUGUGUUUUGGUACCAGUACCGUGCUGUUUUUGUUACUGUGGCUUUGUAGUAUAGUUUGAAGUCAGGUAGUGUGAUGCCUCCAGCUUUGUUCUUUUUGCUUAGGAUUGUCUUGGCUAUACAGCCUCUUUUUUUGGUUCCAUAUCAAGUUUAAAGUAGUUUUUUUUUUCUAAUUCUGUGAAGAAAGUCAAUGGGAACUUGAUGGGAAUAGCACUAAAUCUAUAAAUUACUUUGGGCAGUAUGGCCAUUUUCGUGAUAUUGACUCUUCCUAUUCAUGAGGAUGGAAUGUUUUUCCAUUUGUUUAUGUCCUCUCUUAUUUCCUUCAGCAGUGGUUUGCAGUUCUCCUUAGAGAGGUCCUUCACAUCCCUUGUAAGUUGCAUUCCUAGGUAUUUUAUUAUCUUUGUAGCAAUUGUGAAUGGGUGUUCACUCAUGAUUUUGCUCUCUGUUUGUCUAUUAUUGGUGUAUAGGAAUGCUUGUGAUUUUUGCAAAUUGAUUUUGUAUCCUGAGACUUCACUGAAGUUGCUUAUCAGCUGAAGGAGUUUUUGGACUGAGAUGAUGGGAUUUUCUAAAUAUAUAAUUCUGUCAUCUGCAAACAGAAAUAAUUUGACUUCCCUUUUUCCUAUUUUAAUACCCUUUAUCUUUCUCUUGCCUGAUUGCCCUGGCCAGAUCUUCCAAUACUAUGUUGAAUAGGAGUGGUGAGAGAGGGCAUCCUUGUCUUGCACAAGACAAGGUUUUCAAAGGGAAUGGUAGAAUUUUGCCCAUUCAGUAUGAUAUUGGCUGUGGAUUUCUCAUAAAUAGCUCUUAUUAUUUUGAGAUAAGUUCCAUCAAUACAUAGUUUAUUGAGUGUUUUUAGCAUGAAGGAGUGUUGAAUUUUAUCAAAGGCUUUUUCUGCAUCUAUUGAGAUAAUCAUGUUGUUUUUGUCAUUGGUUCUGUUUAUAUGAUGGAUGAUGUUUAUUGAUUUGUGUAUGUUGAACCAGCCUUGCAUCCUAGGGAUGAAGCCACCUUGAUCAUAGUAGAUAAGCUUUUUGCUGUGCUGCUGGAUUUGGUUUGGCAGUAUUUUAUUGAGGGUUUUCACAUCAAUGUUCAUCAGGUAUAUUGACCUGAAAUUUUCUUUUUUUGUUGUGUCUCUGCCAGGUUUCGGUAUCAUGAUGAUACUAGCCUCAUAAAAUGAGUUAGGGAGGAGUCCCUCUUUUUCUACGUUUGGAAUAGUUUUAGAAGGAAAGGUACCAGCUCCUCUUUGUACCUCUGGUAGAAUUUGGCUGUGAAUCCAACUGGUCCUGGGCUUUUUGGUUGGUAGGCUAUUAAUUACUACCUCAAUUUCAGAACUUGUAUUGGUCCAAUCAGGUAUUUUAUUUCUUCCUAGUUUAGUCUUGGGAGAGUGUAUAUGUCCUGGAAUUUAUCCAUUUCUUCUAGAUUUUCUAGUUUAUUUGUAUAGAGGUGUUUAUAGUAUUCUCUGAUGGUAGUUUAUAUUUCUGUGGGAUCAGUGGUGAUAUCCCCUUCAUAAUAUUUUAUUGUGUCUGUAUGAUUCUUCUCUCUUUUCUUCCUUAUUAGUCUGGCUAGCAGUCUAUCUAUUUUGUUAAUCUUUUCAAAGAAACAGCUUCUGGAUUCAUUGAUGUUUUGAAGGGGUUUUCGUGUCUCUAUCUCCUUCACUUCUGCUCUGCUAUUAGUUAUUUCUUGUCUUCUGCAAGCUUUUGAAUUUGUUUGUUCUUGCUUCUCUACUUCUUUUAAUUGUGAUGUUAGGGUGUCAAUUUUAGAUCUUUCCCACUUUCUAAUGUGGGCAUUUAGGGAAGCACUGGUUUUAAAUAUUGUCAUAGCAAACAACUUAAGUGUAAGUAUUACAGAGUUCAUUUAAUUGUGCUAUAGAUUUAUGCAUUCAUAAAUAAACCAUGUAUAUUGUAUUGUUUUAAAA